GGCUAGAAGCGGGAGUCAUGGAGUACACAGGGAGCAAAUAUAUCGGGGAAUAUGUAGAUGGGAGGAUGGAGGGCAAAGCUGAAUACAUCCUCCCAACAGAAACAAGAUAUGUUGGGGAAAUGAAGGACGGCAUGUUUCAUGGUGAAGGAACCCUGUACUUCCCCAGCGGGAGCCGAUAUGAYGCUGUCUGGGAAAAGGGAUUGGCCAUCAAGGUAUCUCUCAACUCACCAACAUGGAUCCACCAAGAACAAUUCCCCCAGCCUCCUAUGAUUGUGGAGAUGGCUUCUACGAUCCCAGCACUCGGAUAAUUAAGGACUAUAGGAACCGCUUUCUGAGAAACGCAGACGAUGAUGAGCAUGAGUGGAUCAUCCAGACCUGUCGGAAGGGCUGGGAUGAGAUCGUGGGUCACAGGCCCAAGCUGUGAGUUCUG